AUGUAUACUUUGUCCGAAGAGAAGGCAGACCUGCAAGUGGACCUGGAGAGGUGGCACAAUGGAUUGGAGAAGAGAGGAAUGAAAGUGUCAAGAGCAAAGACAGAGUACAUGUGUUUAAAUGGAAUGCAAGGAGGGAGCGUACUGAUGGACGACCAACAGCUGCCAGAAGUAACAGAAUUCAAGUAUCUUGGUAGUCUGCUACAAUCGGAUGGAGGUGUCCACAAGGAGAUCAGCAGAAGGAUCCAAUCAGGCUGGAAUAAUUGGAAAAGAAUGUCUGGGGUGAAGUGCGAAAAAAGGAUACCCAUAAAAGUGAAGUGA